AUGUCGCAGUGUGGCCAACCUCAGAAAAUAAGAUGUUCUGGGAAGUGUCUUGAAGGGGUCCUAAAAUCUCCAGCUGCGGAGCCAGUGACGGCCACUCAAAUUGUCUUAUUCAGGAAGAAACAAGGAGACUGUUUUGAAAAUGACAAGACACUGCAAAUGGACAUAAACAAGCUGAAUAUCACAUUGCUUCGGAUAUUUCGCCAAGGAGUGGCUGCAGCGCUGGGACUGUUACCUCAGCAAGUUCACAUCAACAGACUCAUUGGCAAGAAGAACUGCGUGGAACUGUUUGUGUCUCCCUUGAACAGAAAGCCAGGAAUUUCUGAUGCACUCCCAUCUGAAGAAGUUCUGCGUUCACUUAAUAUCAACAUUUUGCAUCAGAGUUUAUCACAGUUUGGAAUAACAGAGGUCUCCCCUGAGAAAAAUGUUUUGCAAGGCCAGCGGGAAGCAGACAAAAUCUGGAGCAAAGAAGGAUUUUACGCGGUUGUCAUAUUUCUCAGCAUCUUUGUCAUCCUAGUAACUUGUUUAAUGGUUCUGUAUAGAUUAAAGGAGAAGAUCCAAUUGUCACUGAGACAAGAGAAGGAAAAGAAGCAAGAGAUCCACCUCUCACCACUUCACCUGCAGACAUCUCGGUCUGAAUAUAAGACUACCAACAGCAUGGUCCAGCCUGAACAGGCUCCAAAGGUUGUCAAUGUGGUAGUGGACCCUCAAGGCCAAUGUGUUCCUGAGCUCAAACCUCCCCCGUGUGCCAGUCCGUCUCCUUUCAGAAUGAAAUCUGUGGGGCUCCAGGAAAGGCGAGGAUCCAAUGUCUCUCUAACUUUGGAUAUGAGUAGUUUGGGAAGUAUUGAGCCUUUCGUUGCUGUGCCGACUCCACGAGAAAAAGUGGCCAUGGAAUACCUGCAGUCAGCUGGUCGCAUCCUCACAAGGCAGCAGCUUCGAGAUGCAGUUGCGUGUUCUCAUUUACUUCAAACAGAAUUCAUGGAAAUACCAAUGAAUUUUGUGGAUCCUAAAGAAAUUGACAUCCCGAGUCAUGGAACUAAAAACCGCUAUAAAACAAUUUUGCCAAAUCCUCUAAGCAGAGUGUAUUUGAAACCAAAAAAUCCAUCUGACUCCUUGAGUACCUACAUAAAUGCUAACUACAUUAGGGGAUAUGGAGGUAAAGAGAAGGCAUUCAUUGCAACACAGGGACCCAUGAUUAAUACUGUGAAUGACUUCUGGCAGAUGGUUUGGCAAGAAGACAGCCCUGUCAUUGUUAUGAUCACAAAGCUGAAAGAAAAAAAUGAGAAGUGCGUGCUCUAUUGGCCAGAAAAAAGAGGAAUCUACGGGAAGGUUGAAGUCCUUGUAAACAGUGUGCAAGAAUGUGAGAACUAUACUGUCCGUCAGCUCACAAUAAAGCAAGGGAGUCAGUCUCGGAGUGUGAAACACUACUGGUACACAUCCUGGCCUGACCACAAAACCCCCGACAGCGCCCAGCCACUGCUGCAGCUGAUGCUGGAUGUAGAGGAGGACAGGCUGGAAGCACCUGCCCGAGGGCCCAUCGUCGUGCACUGCAGUGCUGGUAUAGGAAGAACUGGGUGUUUUAUCGCCACUGCCAUUGGUUGUCAGCAGUUGAAGGAAGAAGGAGUUGUAGAUGCAUUGAGCAUUGUCUGCCAGCUACGAGUGGACAGAGGUGGAAUGGUUCAGACCAGUGAACAGUAUGAAUUUGUGCACCACGCACUAAGUCUGUAUGAAAGCCGACUUUCUGCAGAAGCUGUCCAGUGAAGACAAGGAGGUAAAACAGAACGUCUGUCUCUUGAGGUAAUUUGUUUCAUUACCUACCAGCAGCUCCUUCAAGGAGUCUACUGCAGUGGGAAGAGCGGCUUUGAAGCCAACUUCUGAAAGGACUGUGGACAGUUUGGCAAGAGUAUAAAGAUUGCUGGACCUUUACUGUAUAUGAAUGUAUUGUGAGCUUCCCAAAAAUGAUUUAUAAAGAAGGUACUGUACUGAAACUACACAUGGAUUUCACAUAUAUAUCUAAAGGUGGGUUAAUUCUGUAAUACUGGUAUCUGCCGUAUGGAAUGUAUGUAUGUGCUACUGCCGGAGUCGACUGGACAUAGAAACUUCUACUGAAGAAAUGUUUAUCAAGUGUAUAAAUGCUUUAACGUUUGCAAAAUGUCUUGUGAAUGGACUGUCAACUGUACUGUAAAGUGCUAUUACUGAUUAUGUGGUGAGCUUGUUUCUUGGCCACAUAAUAUUCUUGCUGCUAAAAUUGCAAGUGUUCAAUAAUGGAUUUAAAAAAAGAAAAAGAAGAUGAGAUUUUAAGUCUUGUUUUUGAAAAUAUUCAAAAGCAGUUAAUAUUUUAUAUGGAAAUAUAUGUUCUUCAUACUAUUAACUAUUAAAUGUGUAUUUGCUGUAGGUCUUACAGAGCAGCUGCAGAGCACAAUGUCUGUUAUUCAGUGUGUAUGUGUUUACCCUGUACUGUUGACUGUCCUAGAACAUGCUUCUGCUACAGACCUGAAUCCAGUGUAUUUGUAAAUUGUGUAAGUCAUUUUACUUUAAAGUUUUAAAAGAAACUUUGUAGCAUAUAUUAAAUAGUAAGGAUUUUAAAUAUUUGUCUGUCUUUUAUUAAUACGGAAUUUUUUGCUUACGUUGUUUAUCUGCUCUGUCUCUUUCAGUAAGAGAUAGAUGCCUUUAGUGAUAUGGACUGUUCCAUGACAGGUUAUACAAGAACGAAAAUGCUGCUAUGACUGUUUCCUUACUGCUCAGUAAGAAUUUGUUUUUCAGAGAAAAACAAAGUUGGCAUUAUGACUUACAACACUGGGAGGUCUGUUCACAGGGUAUCACGAGUUUUUAAUGCAGUGAUGUUGACUUUGCU